AUGCCUGGACCUAUUCGACGGUGGCCUGCGUGGCCUGAGUACACAUCUGAGAAUGCAGCGUCCUCCAAAGACCCUGAGUUCCUAGAGGUCAAGAAAGCGAUCAUCAGUGAGUAUGGGGCUGAGGCGCUUCAACAAAGCUGGAUUGAGGUCUGCAAAGAGCUCGAAAGAGUCACUGAUGAGAUUAUUGAGAAGGGAAACAAUAUUAUACCCGUCUUCGACACUCAACAAAUUAUUGAAGAUGGCUUCUUACCAGAGCAAGAGGCGAGGAUCAAGAGAAUCGGCUCGUUCGUCUGUCGCAACACUGUUCCCAAGGAAAAAGCGACAACACUUUACUCAGACCUCAAGACUUAUGUCGCGGAUAACAAAGACUCUAUACAAGCAUGGCCCAAGGAAAGCCCCUCAAUGCUGGUUUUAUACAACUCACCAACGCAAAAUACGCUUCGCUCUCACCCAGAUCACUUGAAGUUGCAGAGAAAGCUGAAUGAGCUUUGGAAGUACUCUGCCGAAGAUACCUCACCCGACGCUCUUGUCUACCUUGAUGGAAUUCGCGAUCGUGCGCCAGGCCAGCCGUUCCUUGGGUUGGGUCCUCAUAUUGAUGCUGGAAGUUUGUGCCGCUGGGCUGAUCCAACUUACCGGAAAGUCUACGAUAAUAUCUUUUCUGGCAAGCCAGAAGAUCAUGAUGCCUAUGAUCUGGAAGCGAGAAAGAAUGCCAAUCAAGAGCUUUACAAGGGCCUUGCUCACUCUACAGUGUUGCGCACGUUUCAAGGAUGGACUGCGUUGACGCCAACGGCCCCAAGAGAGGGGACUAUUAUGAUAUAUCCCAAUAUUAAGACUGUUAUCGCAUACCUCCUUCUGCGACCCUUCUUUAGCCCACCGAACGAUCUAGAUCAUAUAAUGGACGCUGAGAAGUGGACGUUUGACGACUUGACGGGUUGGUUCCCGGGAACUAUGAAGCCAGAAAGUCAGCGCUUGAGUCGGUCAUCCCAUCCUCAUCUGAGGCUCGAAGAAUGCCUUGUUCAUAUGCCAGAGGUACAACCUGGAGAUACAGUCUGGUGGCAUUGCGAUGUAAGUGAAUCUUUUCUUAUGAUUUCCGCCCAAUCAUCUGACAUGAACUUCAAGGUUUGCCAUGCUGUUGAUACCGAGCACCUUGGAACGAACAACGCGUCGGUGGCCUUCAUAGCUGCGUGCCCCACAACACCAGCGAACGAAGCCUACGUUAAAGAGCAGCUUCAUGCUACACUAGAAGGAAGACCUUCUACUGAUUACGCUGAUGGAAAUGAUCUGGAUGAGAGCACGCUGAAAGGAUAUGUGGGCCUUGAUGGUCUGAAUGAUGAAGCACGCAAAGCUUUCGGAUUCCACCUACUGUAA